AUGUCUUUCAAAGUCAUCAACAUCUUCGCUGCAUGCGCUAUCGCCGCCCUGACAUGUGCAGCUGCACCACAGACUGCGCCUCCUGCUACAGACGCUGUCACCUGCACUACUGUAGCUUCCGGCUUGCUAUCCGGACAAAACGGGGAAAUUACCGGAUGGUUCUUUGACGGUCUUGACGCAUUGAACUUCGACACCAGGACUAACGGCACAGUCAGCGUUGAGUUCCAAGGCUGCACCCCGAACCCCGGAGGAUUUGCCAACAUUCCUGGGGGACAGAUCAGUGGCCAUAUGUUUUUGCCAGAAUUCAAUCAGUGCAUGGGUGUACCCGACGAUCUCCUUUUAACCAUCUCGAAGAUUGAUUGUUCGAGCGUCAACGACGCUACCCAACCACCUGUCACAUGGGUCUUCAACAACGGGCAGAUUACCUGGAGCGGAAUCAGUACUCCUGACGGCUCGGUCAUCGAGGGUGGCGACUGUGGAACAGACGGCCUUGGACAAUACGGAUAUGAGGCUGUGAAGAAGCCUCUCGGCGUGCCGAACCUUGGUGGACAAGAGGUCAAGUGUAUUAGCAGCAAGACCGCGGCGAGGGCUUUCCCCUUCAUCUUGGGAGCAGCUUGA